AUGCCCACGAAAGGUAUUAUAUGACAGUAACAAACCCAAAGUUCCAGUUCAACUAUUUGUUAUGAGUCGUUGUCCUGACGCAGUCGCAUGCGAGUCUGUUUUCGGAGAGGUUUUGAAACAAACGAAUGAUAUCACCACAAUCACCACAAAUUAUGUCGCAACGCUUAAUGAUUCCGCAACUUAUGGAGCUUCUUGCAAGCAUGGAGAUAUUGAAUGCAUUGGCAAUAUACAACAGCUCUGUUUUCGUUACAUUUAUCCUGAUCAAACAACAUUUUUCAACUUUCUCUCGUGUAUUGACCGUUACAUCCCUAAAAUUGGUUUUCGUGAUUGGGCAAUACAAUGUUCCAAAGAUGUAGGUGUGGACUAUACACCUGUAGAUAAAUGCGCAACCUCUAAUUAUGGAAGAAAUCUUUUUCUUAAAAGCGCCGGCAUAACUGAAUCGUAUGGCGUUACUAAAAGUUGUACGAUUUACAUUAACGGCAAAUUGAGAUGUAUCAAAGAUGAUACUUGGUAUGAUUGUCCCGGAGGCCACGAGGUCAAUGAUUUUGUGCGAUCCAUUCAAGACGCGUACGAAGGCACUGAAUAG